GAAAGAAUCUCUUUGAUGACUUUGCCUUUCUCUUUUUCAGGUCAUGAACCUCAAUUGCUCCUUGUGGCAGGACAACAGUAUGUCCGUCAAACUCUUUGUAUUUACCAAAUUCUCUGAGGUCACUGAACGGUGUUUUCUUUUAUUUACCCUAAUCCUGCUCAUGUUCUUAGCAUCACUCACAGGCAAUGCUCUUGUAGCCCUUGCCAUCUGGACCAACCCAGUCCUCCACACUCCCAUGUACUUCUUCCUGGCCAACUUGUCUCUCUUGGAGAUUGGCUGCACUUGCUCUGUCAUACCCAAACUGCUGCAGAGCCUUGUGAGUGAGGCCCGAGGAAUCUCUCAGGAGGGUUGUGCUACACAAAUGUUUUUUUUUAUAUUAUUUGGUAUCAGUGAGUGCUGUCUUUUGGCAGCCAUGGCUUUUGACCGCUACAUGGCCAUAUGUUCCCCACUUCACUAUGCAACACGAAUGAGUCGCAGAGCAUGUGCCCAGUUGGCAAUGGUUUCUUGGGGAGUGGGAUGCAUGGUAAGCUUGGGGCAGACCAACUAUAUUUUCUCCUUGGACUUCUGUGGCCCUUGUGAAAUAGACCACUUCUUCUGUGACCUCCCCCCUAUCCUGGCACUUGCCUGUGGGGAUAUAUCCCAUAAUGAAGCUGCGGUCUUUGUUGUGGCCAUCCUUUGCAUUUCCAGCCCAUUUUUACUGAUCAUGGCUUCCUAUGGCAGAAUUCUAGCAGCCGUGCUGAUCAUGCCCUCACCUGAAGGCCGCCAGAAAGCUCUUUCCACCUGUUCUUCUCACCUUCUGGUAGUAACACUCUUCUAUGGUUCAACAUCUGUCACCUACUUAAGGCCCAAGGCUAGCCAUUCACCAGGAAUAGAUAAACUCUUAGCCUUCUUCUAUACAGUGGUGACAUCCUUGCUCAACCCCAUCAUCUAUAGUUUACGGAACAAGGACGUCAAGGCAGCUCUCCAGAGAACCCUGUGCAAGAAAAAAGUUGUGACUUGUAGAUAGAUACGCGUUGACCAUGCAAAUCCACUCUUUGGAAAUGGUGCACACGCGACCCAUGAAUAAAAAGAAAGAAACCAAAAGUACACUGUUCAACCUUUUUUGUAAGGACCUUCUUUAAUAACAGUGAUUACAAAUUUAGGAGAUAUCUGUGUAUUCAGAGCUAAAGUUCUGACUACUAAAUUCUGGACGGAAGUUGACUACCAAAGAGUUUUAUAGGUGAGUCCAACACUAGACAGGUUUUCCAAAAUAUUUAUUAUUGGCUUAGAAUAUAAAUUGUCAGAUUAUAUCUCAGUAGUCUGGCAAAUUUUUACUCUAUACUCUUAGGAAUUUUUUAGCUCCUGAGGGGCUCAUCUGACUUCUGCCCUGUUAACUGGGGGGAGUGUUCGCACAUAUGUCUGUCCCA